GUGUCGCGCUUAGCUGUUUAGUCCCUGGCUGAGAAGAUGGCGACCGGGCAGCCGGUGUUGGUGUUCGGUCCCGGCCCCGAGUGCUGGGCAGUGCCGUGGUCUUCGGCUCGGGGUUCGGUACGGGACUUCAUCGGCUCUUACUGCCGGCACAGGGGUAUUCCAGUGGAUUGUUUCUACGUGAAGUGUAAUGGACAGCUAACUAAUACUGAAGAUAUCGUUCAAUAUGGAGCAGUUUAUAGUCUGGAGCCCAGACUCCGUGGAGGAAAAGGAGGUUUUGGAUCUAUGCUUCGAGCUCUUGGUGCUCAGAUUGAAAAGACAACUAAUCGAGAAGCAUGUCGAGAUCUCAGUGGAAGGAGACUUAGAGAUGUCAACCAUGAAAAGGCAAUGGCUGAAUGGGUCAAACAACAAGCUGAGCGAGAAGCAGAAAAGGAACAAAGGCGCCUCGAGAGGCUGCAGCGGAAGCUGGUGGAGCCAAAGCACCACUUUGCCAGCCCUGAUUACCAGCAGCAGUGUCACGAGAUGGCUGAGCGAUUAGAAGACUCGGUCCUCAAAGGUAUGCAGGCUGCCUCCAGCAAGAUGGUGUCUCCUGAAGUGAGUGACAGUAGGAAACGACCUAAUGAACCUGAGAUAAGUGGUGGAAUCAAAUCAAAGAAAAGGAAAUGCUUUUGGAUGGGCAUGGACGGCCUGGAGGAUGCUGGAAGUUCAGAUGAUGGGGACAGUGAAGAAGUCCCUAGCACUUCAGGAACGAGCUUCCACUUGCCAGAUGGCUGUGCUGAUAAUACUGGCAAGUCAGCAGAAUUUUCCAGCAGUUGUAAGGAUUCUGUAGGUGUGAGUGUAUCAGAAAAACUACCGGUGCCCACUAUUAACUCUGAGACUGUUGCCCCAGUGGAAGUGUGUGAUGAGCUGGACAAGAAGCAGGUAUUAGAGAAGACAGAAGAAAUGCAAGUGGAGAGAGAAAUCGGGGUAGAGAAGGAAGCAUGUGUGGCAGGAAAGGAGGAAGAGACAAAUAUAGCACAGGACAGGAAAGACCAGACCAAAGAAGCGACUGAAGGAAACCCAGAAAAGGUGCCACUUGAUAAACCUGAGGGAAGCCUGACAGGAAACAAAUAUGUUCAAGAACCUAUAGAUCUUCUGGCAUUCAGCUCUGUUGAAGAAAUGGAAGUGUUGGGUUUGGAUAAGCUUAAAUUGGAAUUAAUGACAUUGGGACUUAAGUGUGGAGGCACCUUACAGGAAAGAGCAGCAAGGCUCUUCUCUGUCAGAGGACUAGCAAAGGAACAGAUAGACCCUAGCUUAUUUGCCAAACCCACUAAAGGGAAGAAGAAAAAAAAUCCAUAAAGGCUCAUUUCUUACUGUUUUUUGUACCAGCAGGUUUCUUUCUCUGAAAAUGUUAACCUCUAUUGCUAUUUCUGCAAUUAUUGUUGUUUGAUUAGAACUGAACUUGAUUGAUUUAGUGGUUUGAAAACUGAGAAAGGUACCACUCUAAAUUCCAAUAAACAUAUGUUUUAUAAGUCA